CUGCAUGGGGCUCAAUCAUUGAAGAAGUGCCUAUGUCAGCUGUGUUCCUGUGGGUGUCAUCGUUGUCCACAUCUGCCCAACAGGCCCUAUGAGAAGAAUGAGAAGCCGUGCAUGCUUUCAGAGUACAUGGAAAGAUAUCCCCUUUAUCCCAUUACCGUCCCCAGAGGCUCAUUUAAGUCAAAGGAUGUGUACAAGAUGGCACAGAUAGCCAUGGAAGGCAUCUCGACUACAAAGAGAGACUACAUAGCUCAUCAAACAUUGCCACUGAAACGUAAACCACCUGAAAAGUAUGUCAAGAAUGAUGUGAGCAUGGAUUUGACCUCCACUUACAAGAAGGACUAUAAUGCCUACCCUAUCUCUCAAGUACCUCCAUGCUUCCUCUGUGUGACAAGACACAUACCCAAUGUCAAGAUGGAUACAAGAACCACUUAUGAAGAUGACUAUGUGCUGUGGAAUGAACCAAAGCUACAGCCUAUCAGACCAAAUGACAGGUUUCAACCAUCAGAAGAAAAAUUUGAUCACAGAACCACUGUCCAGGCUGACUAUUUGUUCAAGGGACCAGUUGCCACUCAAAGCUGCAAGCCUCUGAAUCUAGUCCAGAAAACCAAAGCUCCUUUUGACAAUGUAACAAAUUACAGAGUCCAUUACGUGCCACUUCCUCUGAAGGAACAUCAUGUCCAUAAAUAUCAGAAAUACAAGGCCAAUAAGGUCCCCUUUGAUGGCCUCACUACCCACAAAGUUUCUUACAAGGGGCUAGCUGGUCGUCCAGCCAAGCUUGCAAAACCAUACCAGCUGGAGCGUUGCCAUGAUCUUCCAUUUUUAUCUACAACUGAAUUCCAGGAAAAAUAUCAAGCUUGGCCACAGCCCCCCAUUUUCCCUCAAAAACCUGACGUCUAUGUUCCACCUCUGGAGAAAAUGGACCUUUGCACCACUACUCAGAUGCACUACAAGUACUCAAACGGCAAGCCAGCCAAGAUAUGUCGAGUUUUUCCUCAGAUCAAGAAAAGUACUGUGUGCUUCAACGGCUCUUCCACAAUGAAGGAUGACUAUAAGCCUUGGCUUUGCAAGAGACGGAAACCCAUCAUUCAUGCUCCAAAGAUGACUUUCCCAGCAAAACCAGUGGAUUACUUGACUACCUUUAAGGCCCAUUAUGUGCCUCAUCCACUCAAAGUUACAAAGAGGUACAAACCUGUUUGGUCAGGCCCAAAGCAUCCCACUCUGCUGGAUGCUAAAACCACCUAUGCUACCAGCUACACACCAAAGUGCAUUACCAGAUGCUUGGCCUCUUAUGAAGUCCCACCUGGUUAUGUUUUUGAGGAAACUGAUGCUGAGGGUCACAACAUUUAUAUCCCUGCUUCCAAAAGUGGUUCCUGGAAAGUAGACACUGAAGGAAAAAGAGAGUGGAUACCGCCUUCCUAG